UCGUGACGACGAGGAUCUCGACACUAAUAUGACCUACAAUCAAAUUUACACGCAUUAUCGAUCGAACUCAAGUCAUUCAUUCGAACAUUGUCUCGUGGGAUGAAUCAAACACUGCGUUUGUCAUUCACAAUAAAAAUUCAACAUAACAUAAUACAUAUGAUCCAAGUCAAAAAAUUAUCCAUAGUUUUUAUCUCACUCCUCUUGUUUGCAUAUUACAGGUUCGGACGACGAUUUAAGUCCUGCAUUCAAUCAAAAUAUGUCAAAUUCUACUAAUACACCGUAUCGAAUAACACGUCGAAUGAGUCCAUCAACAGCUGCUCGAUCAAUAAUAUCAUCGUAUUCACAAGAUACAAAUGUUUCAACUCCACCAGCACUAACCAAAACAAAUUCUCGUAUUCGUACCCAACGUAAGUUUGAAGAAGUUAUAACAACUGGAAAUCUUCUUGAUGAAUUAAAAGAAAAAUCCGAAACAAAAAAAGCCAAACUUAAACAUAAAGAAGUACCACAAUCUCAACGUUCAUCAAAAAAAAAAGAAUUAGUGAAAUUUUAUUCGUAUUUUCAUGUAUAUAUUUAG